AUGGUAAGAAUUUAAUACAUAUAUCUCUAAUUUUCAGUUGCAAUUUUACUCCUUUAAUCUAAGAUUUUCAAUGCUUUUUCUACAGAAGCAAACUAUUGCUAUGCGAAAAAAUUAUCAAUUUCUUCCAAUGAUAAACAAGUUAGAAGCAGCAUGAGCUCUUUAAUCAGGUAUCUAAGCUAACAUCUACAAAAGUUCUUAAAAAACCAACUUACCAGGUGUAGCAAUAUUGUGAUAUGUUAAAAGAGAUCCAUCAGAAAACGUUUCUACUUUAGAAAUAGGUCUAAAUUUAUGCCAUUCGUCAAGCAUAAUUUCUCCUAGCAUAAACACCUUAGUAUAUAUCUACAUUUAACUCUAUAGAAUGUUGGCAUAGUAUGUCCUUGA